UCUCUCAAGCGAUCUGUCAAAUGACACUAUCUCUUGUCACUUUGCGACCAGCUGAUUUUGUGUUUAAGCGCAGCGCAGUUUCAUACAAAUAAACAUCGUCUAAUUAGCAGCUGAAUAGUUAACAAAAAUACUAAAACGAGGUUUAUAUAAUGCUUGGAAACUUAAAAAAGAAACUCAGCAACGCCAUCCAGGAGGGUAUUCUCAUCUCAGAGAGCCUACAAGAACAAUAUCGUCAACGUGUCGGCGGCAGCACCAGCACCAGCAGUCGGACAAGUGAGACGAUAAAUCCAAAAACAAGUGACCUCAAUUCCUCAUUCUUGAGCUUGAACGAAAGUGUAUUCUCUAGCCGCAGCGGCGUCCAUUUGUCGGAUGGUGUCGCCACACAGCUGAAUGUGGCAGCGGGGUGCAAUCUACUAUCUAAAUAUGAGGACAGUUGGCAGCAAAUCCAUAUAGCUAACGAGCAAAAUGCUGAAUCAGCAGCAGCGGUGGCUUUUCAAAUUACAGCCGUGUUGCAGAGUGCCAACGAGAAACGCAAAACGAUAAAUGAACUAAAUAGUUGUCUAUCGGCUCUGCCUGCAUUGGUGGUCAAGUUACAGGACUGCACAGAAGUAAUAGGAUCUUUAGAGCAAUUGGGCUGGGAACUAGAGCAAGAGCUGGAAAAGUUGGAAAAUCUGUGUGAGGAAUGCGAGCUACAGGAAUUCGUACUUGAACAGCAGUUUCAGCUAUCCAAGCACAAGCAAAAGAAGCUAAACGAGCUGGAGCAGUAUAGACAGCAGAUUGCUCAGCAGUAUCAGCAAAAGAUUCAAACACGCGAAGAACAGUUAAGACAGCUCCAAAAGGAACGCCAAGCUGUAUUCGAUAAUGAAUUCCGUGGGGAUCUAGAAGAGUAUAAGCAAAGCGGACAGCUUCCAAAAAUAAAACCAAAAACAACUAAACUGUCUUUAGAAGAAGUUGUUCUUGAGGAAAACGACUUCGAAACGACAGAUGCCCUGGAGCAAUUUCUUAAUGGUUAAUGGUUAUCAUCGAGCAAUGCCAUUUGUGCCUUUUGUGCAAUUUUUGCAAAUUUAAAUACUAAGAUUUUGUAUUGGCUUUAAAAUUAAAUUUACGACGUUACUACUUAAUACAUCACACUAAUGUAUUUCACAUUCAAUUUAUUUUCUGUUGAUAAA